AUGUACCAGCAUAUUCCUACCAACGAUACAUCUGGGCCAGCCUGUCAGGGACAGGGAGAAUCCAAUACCAGUAGAACCAUUAGACAAAACAUAACUCAAAAGCCCGGGAAAUACAGCAAACAUGCUGUUGUACAGUUGUCUGAAGUAGAAGUCAUCGGUUGUACGCCGGGGCUGUAUGGAGAGAACUGUAAUUUGUCUUGCUCGGCACAGUGCACCGAUGAAUUAUGCUUCUCCAAUGCUACUUGUGUGCUAGGUUGUAAUGCCGGCUACCUGGGACCAUAUUGCAAUGAAAAGUGUAACAACUUCACCUUCGGGAUCAACUGCUCACAAACCUGUGGUUCAUGUUGGAAUGGAACAGCUUGUGAAAAGAUCACAGGAUUAUGUUCUGAAGGAUGCGAACCAGGUUGGCAGGAACCCAACUGCUUAACAGAGUGUAACAACUUCACCUUCGGGAUCAACUGCUCACAAACCUGUGGUUCAUGUUGGAAUGGAACAGCUUGUGAAAAGAUCACAGGAUUAUGUUCUGAAGGAUGCGAACCAGGUUGGCAGGAACCCAACUGCUUAACAGAGUGUAACAACUUCACCUUCGGGAUCAACUGCUCACAAACCUGUGGUUCAUGUUGGAAUGGAACAGCUUGUGAAAAGAUCACAGGAUUAUGUUCUGAAGGAUGCGAACCAGGUUGGCAGGAACCCAACUGCUUAACAGAGUGUAACAACUUCACCUUCGGGAUCAACUGCUCACAAACCUGUGGUUCAUGUUGGAAUGGAACAGCUUGUGAAAAGAUCACAGGAUUAUGUUCUGAAGGAUGCGAACCAGGUUGGCAGGAACCCAACUGCUUAACAGAGUGUAACAACUUCACCUUCGGGAUCAACUGCUCACAAACCCGUGGUUCAUGUUGGAAUGGAACAGCUUGUGAAAAGAUCACAGGAUUAUGUUCUGAAGGAUGCGAACCAGGUUAA